AGUUGACUCCUAUUUGACAAUCAGUAUGAAGACCCCGCCCCUGAGAUAAAAUAACCCUGACGUCACUAAAGAGCAAUACGGAAGUGAACCAGGCGACGGAACACGGACAGAAACCCAAAUAAGUUGGUGUGUACGUUUCACUAAUAUUUACGGAAAGUCUAUCAUCAUGCUGGGAGGAGGAUUCAAAGCAGAGAGGCUAAGAGUCAACCUCCGCCUGGUCAUCAACCGACUCAAACUCCUUGAGAAAAAGAAAACUGAGCUUGCUCAAAAGGCAAGGAAGGAGAUUGCAGAUUACCUGUCAUCGGGGAAGGAUGAACGGGCACGGAUCCGUGUGGAGCACAUUAUCAGAGAAGACUAUCUGGUGGAAGCCAUGGAGAUCCUUGAGCUUUACUGUGACCUGCUGCUGACUCGCUUUGGCCUCAUUCAGUCCAUGAAGGAACUAGACCCGGGCUUACAGGAGGCAGUGUCCACCCUCAUCUGGGCAGCGCCUCGUCUCCAGUCAGAGGUGUCUGAACUAAAAACUGUAUCUGACCAGCUAUGUGCAAAAUAUAGCAAGGAGUAUGGCAAGCUGUGCAGGACAAACCAGAUUGGCACAGUCAACGAUAGGCUGAUGCACAAACUGAGCGUGGAGGCCCCUCCCAAGAUCUUGGUGGAGCGCUACCUGAUAGAGAUCGCCAAGAACUAUAAUGUGCCGUAUGAACCUGACGCCAUGGUCCGGCCCGAGGUUUGUCCUGGAGAGGAGGCAGACCUGAUUGACGUGGACACUGACAAGAAGAAUAGAGGAGGAGGAGGAGGUGGUGGAGGUUUCACUGCUCCUGCUGCUGCUAUGCCUAUGCCCAUGCCUAUGCCCAUGCCUAUGCCGACAGCUUUCAACUAUCCACCUCCCAACGGAGCUGGACCGUAUAAUGCUCCCAUUGGAACCUACAACAAUUUCCAGCACCCCAUGGGAGGAGGGCAGCCCCCUCAGCUGCCCACUUCUCCCCCCACAUACGAGUCUAUUGAUGACCUAACCAACAAACCUUCUGUUCCUUCCCAGGCCAUAGGUCCUGGCCCUUCGUCUCAGCUAUUCGACAACAACACUCUCCCAGAACUCCCCUCUGUUCCCGACACACUACCCACAUCUUCCUUUGGCGGAAACACCACCACCUCGGAUGACAUCGACUUUGACGAUUUAACACGGCGGUUUGAGGAUCUGAAGAAGAAGACCUAAUUGCUAUAUCCCUAAACUAAUACACACACAUACACACAGGCCUGUGUCGUCACCUACGUAGCUCAGAACAGGAAAUGGAAAAUGUUUAAGGCUCUCAUUCAGAUUUGGAUAGUUCUCCUCCCCCUUCCACGGUGAAGUAAUCUUACAUAGAUAUUAAAUAUACAUGUAUUCUUACCUCAUUUAUAUAAAUGUGACCAGCGUACUGAGGGUGUGGUUGCUCACUCGACGUUGUCAAUUAGCAGAAAUCUCAUUUCUGUCGGCAGUAUACGGCACAUUAUAUAAAUUCUUACAUACAAUCAUGUGGGUGUUGACCCUUGUUCACUCAUUUUAGGUCACAACGACUUUUAACUUUUCCCAUUUGUCUGAGUGACUUUUUUUUUUUUUAACUGGUUUUCCCAGGGUUUUGAGUCUGACUAAUAUUUACAGUACAUGCCUUCAUUCUUCUUUGCACAUGCUGUGUCGCUGUGAUCUUUGCCACUCUGUCACCCAGUCCCGUCUCAGACCAGUCAAACUAGCACGACUGGUUGCCCCAGUUUGGUGGGAGCUGGCCUUCACAAUAACAAAGGCUACAGAUUGUUUCCAAGGUGAGGCUCCAAUACCCAACAAUUUUUUGAUAGAAGCCAUAUUUUCAGUGUCUUGCAGUCAUGUAGUUUUGUCACUGUAGAAAGAAUAUUUUGAAACACUCCUUACACUUCAUGGUUUCUUGAUAGGAUUUAUGAGCCCUCCAGGAAAAGCUCAUGGUGACACAUUUCUGUCAGUUCUGUUACAGGAGUGGUGGGGCACAGAUGUAAAGUGAUAAAACAGUGUAUGUUAAUCUGUAAUAUAAUACAUUUACAAUUAUAUAGAUUUAACUGUACAGCAAAAAGAGUUUGGUAGUAGGGAGUUGUUCAAUAUUUGAUAAAUCUGUUUUAUAUACAGCAUCUCCAAAUAAAGGUGGUUUUUUUUUGCCCUUUUUAAAUGUCAGUUUUACCAAAUACUUUGUGCUUUCUUUUUUAAGUACUUAAUUUACAAAAGCAGUCACACAAGAACCUGAUUUGAUUGAUUAGAUGUAUAUAUUGACCCCAGAGGUAAUUGGUUUGUGUUGUCCUCUGUGAUCGUGUGUGCAUGUGUCUUAUAUUGUAUGUACACCACUGCAUUUGCCUUAGCAUCUCUCAGAGGCCUUGCCAGUCUGUACCAGGAUUAUGCAUUUGUUAUCCAUCAAGGCUGGGUAUACUUUACCUGCAUUGAGUCUCAGUUGAUUAGAUUACGUUUUGCUUUAUUUGCUUUACCCAUAAACAAUUCUCUAAAAACCUGUUAAGUUGAAAUCGCAGAUUGGAAAAAAAAACGUAUGUACUGGCAAUAAAGGUAGAUGUUUGUAUUUUCCUGUGGAGAAAUGGGAGUGAGAGGGUUAUGUUGUCGCACAGACGUGACGCGUUGCUGCAACCUAACCACACCCAGCUCUGCUUGCAUGGCAGAUGAACGGUGGCCUUGAAUAAAACGAUUCAGCUUUCAAACUGGGUGAUAGACACAGAUUAUAAAUGUGUUUUACAUGUGUUGGAGAAAGUAGAGAGAGAUUAUUAACACUACAGAACUGUGAUCUGCUCACUGUCUUUUCUAUGUAGGACUGUUCUUUCAUGUAUAUACUUUAAGACACAAAGUGGUGUCUUGUUGCAAAAUAAAAACAGGAGUUUUUCCACUGUAUACUAAAAUAACAAUUUAAUAAAAGAUUAUUUGGAACUGGAAA